UUACUUUAGUAGUCAGAAAUUAUUAAUGGAAAGUCAAAGGCAGUUUCAAUAACACAAGUUUCUUUAAUGCCAAACAUGAAUUCAAACAACUCAACUUGGCUCCAAAUGACGCAAUUUAUGAAAGAUGGCAAUGGCUCUGAUAUUUUGGCUUCAUUACUGAAGAUAGUAGAGGGAAGGGAAGAUGCGUUGUCCAGUUUCUGCUGCGUACACGUUGAUACAGUGAGUCCUACAACAUGCUAACAUGCUAAUACAGUAACAAUUUGCCUAUCCCAGCAAUAACCACACAUUCCCCAAAGCUUUCCCCUCUCAUCCUCUCCCAGGACACACCCCUCCCUGGCCUCUAUCACAUUCGAGACUUCAUCGAAGAGGCUGAACUGAACCCUGUGAAGAAAACCUAUGGGUUUAAAGGUGUGGGCAGAAAAGCCAAGACCCUGGGUGUGCGUAACGGGGAAUUGCUGAUGCCUGGAGCGUAUGAUUACAUUGAUUCCACCCAGGAGGUUCUGAUGAACCAGGCUUCCUACUCUUUCAAAAACUGUCCACGGCCCGACAUCGAAACCCUGGGCAUCAGAGACAAGCAUAUACACACCUCACCGUGCGACUACGAAGUGAUGACCAAACCAGUGGAGAAGACUCCCUGCAAGCAUGCGAUGUUUCGGUCGACUGUGCAGAGGAUCAGCUUUCCGCCCAGGGAGGGACCUGCUCCGUGUCGCUACAAUCCACAGACCAGACCUGGGAAAGGCAUCACCUCCUGCUUCAAAUCCACUCUGCCACGGCUCCAUUAUGUUGACCUAAAGACCCCAGGACCAGGAGCUUAUGAACCAAACUGGAAGUUUGGUGACCAUCUGACCACAGAUGUCAUGGACCCCUCGUUUAGCCUCUUUUUCCGCAGCAUUCCCUAGAGUGCGCUUUAUUUUCCCAAAAGGCCCUGAUCCUCCCUUCAUCUUUUCUCUCAUCCUACGGUCAAAUCACACAUGA